AUGGGGACGCAGACCACCCAGUGGGUGUGGGGAGCCGUGCGGCUGCUCCAAGAGCACCUGGCCUCCAGCACACAUUCGGAGGAGCUCCGCAAAUCCUUGAGUCUCCUCUCAGUCUUGCCCAUCACGGCAGAAAUCCUUGGCGCCACGGGUGUCAGAGAGAUGGUGAAGGGUUUUAGGAAGCACCCGCUGGUGGGCAGUAUGGCAAAGGAGUUGGAAACACGCUGGGAGACCUUGGCUCUCCUGGGCUGCAACCCAGCGCUUCUUUCGGCGAUUCUACAGCAGGUCUCUGAACAGGAUGGCACUCAAGAGCCCAGGAAGGAGGCUCUUGGGCUGUCAGAGUCAGGGUGGGUGCAAGAGGACAAGUUGAAAGAGUCAAGUGUGGUUUGGGUCUCCGGGGGGAAAGAAACGGCAGGCAGGAGGGGAGGCCCCAACUCUGGGCCAGAGCCCCCACGGCCCGGGGAGCUGUGUGAGUUCCAGGGACCUGGCAAGCGGUCUGCCAGCCCUUGUCCCAGGAGCAGGCAGGAGAAGCGUCCCCGAGUGGACCCAGAGUCCUCUGGGGGCAGCAGCAAGUCUCAUCGUUGGGUUGUGGACAGCUCUGGAGUCUCGCGGGACCCUGGGCCCACUGGUAUCCAGGACAUGCCUGGCAACGCGAGCCGUCCGGUCAAGCAGUCUCAGGAUCCACCAGGGCUCCCACAAGAAGGUCUCCCUUGGGAACCCCAGGGACAGGCUGGGGCCAGACCAAAAAAUGGGUGCCGAUCCUCUGAAGAGGGGAAGAGAGGUUCAAGGGCCCUGCCCUCUAAGGUCAAGCAGACCUCUGGCAAGCCAGAGACGCAGGCAGCGAAGCUGCGCGGGCGCAAUCACCAGAGCGAAUCCCAGCAACAGCAUGAAAUCCACACACCUCCACAGUCUUUCGAGGAUGCCCUCAACCAGACCCAGCUGCUGCUGAGGAGACAGAGGACCAAGGGCAGGAUUCGUGCUGCUGCCUUGGCUCAAGGAGACCUGAAAAGGAAUGGCUCCAGCGGCCCCAGAACACUCUCGGAUUCCAUGCACAGCUCAGUCCCAAGGGCAAGCGAGGUCCAGGAAAACCAGGCAGGACAGCUGGCUCCAACCUCAGCCACCAAUCCAGCCAGUCCCGUCAAUUCCACAGAAGCAGUCAGGGUGCCAAUGGUGCAGCUCAGCACUGAAACCUCUAAGUUCCUUGGGCUGCAGGUCUAUUCGGAUCGGCUGCCUGACAUGAAAAGGAUGCCCUCCUUCUCUUCAUCUAGGCCAGGAGCCUCUGGGCUCUGGGAAGUGGGAAAAAGGGAAAGAGAAGGGGAAGGAGGAGGUGUUGAGAAAGGGGUAAAGGGAGAUGAAAGGGAAGGGGGAAGGGGAGCAGAAGGCAAAGGGGCACAGGGAGAGGGAGGGGAAGAGAUGGCCUUGCCUUUUGUCAGAAAGUCCCUGAAGAUGCCACUGUACUCUGGACCAACGUGCGACUCCCUGGCUCCCUGGUGCCCCCAGGAUGUCCGUGGGCUCCCGCAACACAGCACUCCAGCCACUGCCAGGCCGCCCUGCAUUCUCCUAGCACCCAUUUCCCAGACUUCUACCCCGUCUCCGCACCAGCCUCAAGGGAACACUCAUUCAAGGACAGUGGCGCACAGUGGUACAGACAGGCUGUGGCAAAUCCGCUGUUGCAAAGCAUUCAAGGACAAAAAACCAGCAGAGGGCGAGUCCUGGCGAGAGCUGUACCUGCGGCUUCGCCAAGAGCAGCGUGUGCAAGCAGCGAGCGCCUGCACAAGCCAAGAAGAGCCAAGGCCAACGGGAGCAAAGCUCUUAAACCAACCUCCAGAAAAGCCUCCUGGCCCUGGAAAAAGCUCCCGGGCCAGGACUGUGUUGGAAGGAUGCUCAAGGGCCCUUCUCACUGCUUCUGAGGGACUGGGAUAA